AAAGGGGCCACCUUCUCAACGGACGUCUUCGGAACCAUCGUCCGGUGCGGGAGGACGAGACAGACGGCAGCGGAACGACGGGCUAUGGAGAGCGGCGCCGCGGCUAGACGUGAUGUGCUGAGUCAUGGUGAGCUGCAGGCGGUGGCGGCGGCCGUGUCGACGAUCGUUCUUCGAUGUCAGCAGGAGAGGGCGUUGGGGCGACUGAAGGAGCAUUUGCCCGUGCGUGGACGGAGGACAUUGACGCAAGAUCCGCACGAUGGUGCCGAGUUCAUGGCGACGUCGGAAGCUGUUGUUCAGCUGUGCUAUGCGUUGGGCUGCGGAGUGAUACCCCGCGCGACGCAGCGGUGGUGGGUGAAGCGCAGGACAAGAGGAACGUGGGAAGACCUCAGGCUAUGCGACGACGCGACUGACGACUACUUCCGCGAUAAGCUGCGAAUGUCGCCACGAGUGUUCCGGGAGAUCGCGGAGGCGUGUGCGCCUCAUCUUCAGCCGCAGGUGACGUUCUACAGGGAGCCUUUGCAGCCGGACCAGAUUGUGGCGUACGCACUGGACAGGUGGGCUUCAGGUGAGACGUAUGAGAGCAGCACGUGCAACUUCGGGAUUGGACGAGCUUCUGGGCUGAUUGCCGUCCACGACGUGACUGCCGCGCUGCUGAGGGUGUUCGGCGAUAAGAUUGCGUGGCCGACGGGAGUUCGUAAACAAGUCGUUCUUCGGGCGUUCGCUGAUAAAGGCUUCCCCAACUGCCACGGUUGCAUUGAUUGCACUCACAUCUACGUCGACAAGCCAGGGAAUGCUACGAGCGAAAAUUACUACGAUAGGAAGCGUCGUUUCUCCAUCGUCGUGCAGGUCGUUGUCCACUUGGACUUGCGUGUGCUGGACGUGCACAUGGGAUACCCCGGUAGCUGCCACGACAUCAGGGUGCUGCAGUUGUCCAGCCUGUCGCUGCGCGCGGAGGAGGGGUCGUUGUUCCGCGGGCCCCCCGUCACAUUACCGUUCGGUGUGAAGACGAACGGUUACCUUCUGGCGGACAAUGGGUACCCCCCUGCCGAAUGGAUGGUCGUCCCGUACGGCAGUAUCAAUCAGAGCGUCGAGCAGGAGCGGUUUGACAACAAGCAGAAGGUGGCAAGGGGAGCUGUGGAGAGGGCGUUCAGCAGGCUGAAGGGCAUGCGGCGGCUGUUUCUCCGAACACACAAGACAAACCUUGAGACGCUCCCGCAGCAGUUCACCGUCGUCUGCAUACUGCACAACUUACUGAUCGACGCGGGGAUCCCCUUCGACGAGAAUCUGUUGUGGGAGGUCGACGGUAAUGGUGUGCGACGACGAGUGGACCUGGGGAUCGACGAGCCCCUCCAGCCUGUGUCCAUGUUGACGUCGACCCGCGAAGCCUUAGCCCUGAGGCAUGCUUUGGCGGAACGAAUGAAACACGAAUGAGUCGUGUAUCAUUCAUGGACGACAGCACAUGAAG